GCGGUCGGGGUGUGUGAUCGGACGGGACGAGCAGCGCGUCGCUGUCCCCCCCUCCCGGCGGCUGGAGAUGUCCGAGCCCAAGGCAAUUGAUCCCAAGUUGUCGACGACCGACAGGGUGGUGAAAGCUGUUCCAUUUCCUCCAAGUCACCGACUUACAGCAAAGGAAGUGUUUGAUAAUGAUGGAAAACCUCGUGUGGAUAUCUUAAAAGCACAUCUCAUGAAGGAGGGCAGGCUGGAAGAGAGUGUUGCUUUGAGAAUAAUAACAGAGGGUGCUUCAAUUCUUCGACAGGAAAAAAACUUGCUGGAUAUCGAUGCACCAGUCACAGUUUGUGGGGACAUCCAUGGACAAUUUUUUGACUUAAUGAAGCUCUUUGAAGUCGGGGGCUCUCCUGCCAACACUCGCUACCUCUUCUUAGGGGACUAUGUGGACAGAGGGUACUUCAGUAUCGAGUGUGUGCUGUAUUUGUGGGCCUUGAAAAUUCUUUACCCCAAAACACUGUUUUUACUUCGUGGAAAUCAUGAAUGUAGACAUCUAACAGAGUAUUUCACAUUUAAACAAGAAUGUAAAAUAAAGUAUUCAGAACGUGUAUAUGACGCCUGUAUGGACGCCUUCGACUGCCUUCCCCUGGCGGCGCUGAUGAACCAACAGUUCCUGUGUGUACAUGGUGGUUUGUCUCCAGAGAUUAACACUCUAGAUGACAUCAGAAAAUUAGACCGAUUCAAAGAACCACCUGCUUAUGGACCCAUGUGUGACAUCCUGUGGUCAGACCCCCUGGAGGACUUUGGAAAUGAGAAGACUCAGGAGCAUUUCACUCACAACACAGUCAGGGGGUGUUCCUACUUCUACAGUUACCCGGCUGUAUGUGAAUUCUUGCAGCACAAUAACUUGUUAUCUAUACUCCGAGCCCAUGAAGCCCAAGAUGCAGGGUACCGCAUGUACAGGAAAAGCCAAACAACAGGCUUCCCCUCUCUAAUUACAAUUUUCUCAGCACCAAAUUACUUAGAUGUGUACAAUAACAAAGCUGCAGUAUUGAAAUAUGAGAACAAUGUUAUGAAUAUCAGGCAGUUCAACUGUUCCCCCCAUCCAUACUGGCUCCCAAAUUUCAUGGAUGUUUUCACCUGGUCACUGCCAUUUGUUGGAGAGAAAGUGACUGAGAUGCUGGUAAAUGUCCUUAACAUCUGCUCAGAUGAUGAACUGGGGUCCGAAGAAGAUGGAUUUGAUGGAGCCACUGCUGCAGCACGGAAGGAAGUGAUACGGAACAAGAUCCGAGCAAUAGGAAAAAUGGCCAGAGUGUUCUCGGUUCUCAGAGAAGAGAGUGAGAGUGUUCUGACGCUGAAAGGCUUGACCCCAACCGGCAUGCUCCCCAGCGGAGUGCUUUCUGGAGGGAAACAAACCCUGCAAAGCGCUACUGUUGAGGCUAUUGAGGCUGAUGAAGCUAUCAAAGGAUUUUCACCACAGCAUAAGAUCACUAGCUUCGAGGAGGCCAAGGGCUUAGACCGAAUUAACGAGCGGAUGCCGCCCCGCAGAGACGCCCUGCCCUCUGACGCCAACCUUAACUCCAUCAACAAGGCUCUCGCCUCAGAGACUAACGGCACGGACAGCAAUGGCAGUAACAGCAGCAAUAUCCAGUGACCACUUCCUGUUCACCUUUUUUUUUUUUUUUUUGAGCUGCAGGGCAUGAUGGGAUUGCUGCACCUCAGCAGUUGGAUGGAUGUUCUUGCCUCUGACGAUAGCCUAUUUGCUAUGGGGGCCAGGAAUUGGAUUCAGUUUACACUAUCAUGAAAAAAAAGAGGGAAAGAGAUAAUAAACUAUAUUUUGGUGAGGGUGGUGAUUAAACACCUUUUUUGGGUAUGCCUUUUAAAAAAAUGCUUAUAGGGAAAAAUUUUUAAAAGAAAGCUAAUGCUAGUAUAUACUGCAAUGUUAGGGAAUGAACAUGUUUUCCUAUUGCAUUGGGGACUUCUAGAUAGGGUAAUGAAAGGCCUUUUAUUCUGUUACUGGACAUGAAAACUUUGUCUAAUUUCUUACUCUAUUGUACGUUUACAGUCGCAGCACUAAAAAUGGAUGACAUCAAACAUUUUUAACAAAAUGAUGUACAAACUAAAUAAGGACUAUUUAUUGAUAAUGUUUUGCUACUCUUGUCAGACAAUGGCUAUAAACUGAAUUAGGAAGUCUUAAAAAAACUGAAAAAGAAAAAAAAAAAGAAUGUUGCAAAUUUGUUAAAAUGCCAAAAAAGGACAGUUUAAUUUUGUACAGCUCAUGCUAACCUCAGGCCCCUUUAGUGUGCUUGAAUGCCCUUCUUUCAAUAUAACACUUACUAAUUUGGCAGUGGAUAUCUUUUCUUUAAGUUUAAAAAAACUGGAAUAAUUACACCUAUCUUUUUUGCUGUUUAUAUUUAGGGGUUUUUGUUGAUAAAUCAAGUCUUGGUUGUGGCUUGCUGAAUUAAAUAUUUAUGAGUGGUGCAUUUUUAAGUAUAGUGAACAACACACCAUAUUAAGUGCAGUCAUAAAGCAUCUAUAUUCUGUAAAAAAAAAUCUGCCUAUGCAUGUUUUUUAAGAAAAAAAAAAUGGCUGUAUCGGCCUGUAUGGGGACUGUAAUGCGCUUAGUGGUCUGACAUAUACUGGAAAUGUAUGUAUACUGGCGUACUUUAUAUUCUCUAAAAUGCUUAAUGCCUUUGAAAUUUUGUAAUCAAAAAAAAAGCUUUGAAAAAAUCUAAAGGGGAAAGUAUUCUUAAAAGUUUUUAACAUAAGCUUGUCAGUGCACACAUAGAUGGUUAGCAUGUUGGGCAAACCUUGUGAAAUUUAAAUAAGUUUGUAGUUACAUGUGAAACUAAAUGCAUGGUAACUGUUAAUGUCAUAGCAGUUUAGUUACUUCGUUCUGUUCUGUCAUGUGCCACAAAAUAUGUACUUUUUCACUUUUUUCCCUUUGUAUAUCAGUUACGGGUUACAACUGGUUCAUUCUGAAAACAACAACAAACAACAAAAGUCCAUUCAUAUUUUUUAACAAUUGUAUAAGUGCCCAAGUAAUUCACUACAGCCUAAAGCCUUGCCUUUGUAAUUGACUUCUGAAAUGUUGGCAAUCAAAGCAUGCACUUGUAACAAUGACAAAGAAAAAGCAUUUUAUAUUACUACUCAAUAAAAUGUGCAUGAACU